CACUAGUAACGCACAAAAGCAGCCGCAGCAUCUCCCAUACUUCAUGGACAACUACUGCCCUCCUGAGUGUGCCUGCUAUGGGAGAGUGGUCCAGUGCUCCGAUAAAGGCGUGGACAGAGUUCCUUAUGGCAUUCCUUAUAACUCCCGCUAUGUCCUGCUCAUGAACAACCACAUCGACCGCAUCCAACUGGACCUGUUCAGCGAGUACAACACCAUGGAGUUCCUGGCACUUACCAACAACCGCCUGACAGAUGGCGCUAUAGAAGGGGCUUUUGAAGGGGUUCCUGUUCUUAAACGCCUCUAUCUAGACACCAACCAGCUACAAAGUGUGCCCAAUGAUCUUCCGACGUCAUUAGAAGAACUGCGUUUGGACAACAACCAAGUAGAGGGCAUGUCUGAAACAGCUUGGACGCAUUGCCCAGGACUGUUAAUACUCAGCAUGAGCAACAACAGCCUAGGAAACGGUACACAGUCUUUACCAAUAGCAGUUUUGUCACCUUUGUGCAAGCUCCGAGCACUAAACUUGGAUCACAACCAGCUAACUUCCGUUCCUUUAGGGUUGCCAUUGUCUAUCAAAGAGUUGUAUCUCAAAGGAAAUCGUAUAGAGGAGUUCCGCAAUGGGGCUUUUGAUGGCAAAUCAGAACUGGUGGUGUUAGACUUGAGCAAAAAUAGACUGACAAAUAAGGGUCUACAUAAGGACUCACUUGUUAAUGCAACCCAUUUGGAAAGCUUAAAUUUAGAAGGGAACAGGCUUAAACAAAUCCCACAGCAUCUUCCUUUAUCACUCAAGACUUUAAAUCUCGAAAGUAAUUUUAUAAGAUCCAUAAAGAAAAGGGCUUUUGGUGCACUAAAAAACCUGGAACAUCUGGGUUUGACAAAAAACAAAAUCUUCAAAGUAGCAGUGGGGGCAUUCAGGACAUUGCCCGUGUUGCAUCAGUUGGAUUUGGGACACAAUAGACUGAGACAGGUCCCGAGACAGCUGCCUAAAAGUCUUCACUCAGUGUCUCUCACACACAACACGAUCCAGACGGUGCCUCGGGACUCUUUCUGCUGGGGCAACACCACCUUGAGUCUGAGCGGGCUUGUCCGAGUGCAGCUGCAGAACAAUGCUAUAGAUCUGUCCAAUAUAGAUACACAGGCCUUCAGGUGUUUAAGGGGGUUUCAGGUUGUGAACUUUUACUGA